AUGAGCAUCAAUUGCUCACAAGAAACAUACAAAAUCGAUAUUAGUACAAUUAGCAUUAAAUAUAUUGCUGGUGGAUGGCUAACAUUGAUAUUUUGUUUGUUUGGUAUAAUCACCAACAUAUUUACUGUUGUGGUUUUAUGUCAUCCUCGAAUGAGAAAUUCAUCGACACAUGUUUAUUUGUUAGCAUUAUCUGCUUGUAAUAUUUUUUUGUUAGCUGGUCUAAUGAUUAAUUAUUCAUUGAAAUCAAUAGCAACAUAUCCUCAACUGUUACAAUAUUUAAACAAACCCGAUGGAUACAAUAAACGUCAAAUAUUAGCCAAUGCUUACGAACAAUUUUAUGCACAUGUCGCACCAUUCACUACUCCACUAUUAUCUAUGCUCUUGUUAUGUAGUACAUAUUUAACAGUUCUUGUUAGUGUAGAUCGAUAUUUAUUACUUUGUUGGCCUGUUUUUGCUGAAAAAUUUCGUACAUGUAAAAUAGCUAUUCGUUGUGUUUUAAUAAUUGCUUUAAUAAUUAAUUUAUAUUGUUUACCACACUGGUUUGAAUAUAAAACAGCUUAUAGAAAUAGUACAUAUAUAUUAGGACCAACAAUAUUAAAAAAUGAAACAUUAUCUGUUACCGGUAGUGGUGGAUUAGAAGAUGAUUCAGACACAUAUUUAGUUGAAUUAGGAUAUACAAAAUUAGGUUUAAAUCCAAUUUAUUUAUCAAUCUAUCGUUUUUAUUUAAAUAUUCCGGUGACAUUUUUAAUUCCAUUUUCGUUAUUAUUAUUAUGCAAUUGUUCAAUGAUACAUAAACUAGUAUUAAUUAAAAGAAAAAAACGUAAAUUAGGACAGAGAAUGAAGGCAGAUAUUCGAAUAACUGUUAUGUUAAUCGUUAUUGUUCUUGUUUUUCUUAGUUGUCGUUCACUUAAUUUAGCAGUUAAUUUAAUGACAAAAAUGCAACCAUGUUUAAAUCGAAAUUCAUUACAACGUUAUAAUACAUGGGCUAAUUUAUUGGUUGCUUUUAAUGGUUUUUGUAAUUUUUUUCUAUUUGCCGUAUUUGGACAACGUUUUCGUGAAAUGGUUUUAUAUAUAUUUUUUCGUCAACAAUAUCCAUUUAAUAUUGGUGGUGAUCAUACAAGUAAUCGUGCUGGAUAUACGGCUACACCCGAUCCAAUUCGUCGUCAAUCACGACGAUAUUCGGCAAAUGAAUCGGAUCUAUUACAAACAAUGUCACAUCGACGUCCAUCAGCCACAAUGGCCACAUUAAAUUCAGAUAUGAAACGACAAUCAACAUCACAAUUAAAUACUUUAAAACCAUCACGAGAAUGGAAAUCAAAAUUUCUUAAUACACCAACAUUAUUUUCAUUUAAAAGAAGAAAAAAAUUAAUAUCAUUAUCAUCUAAUAAAAGAACAGAUUUACCAUUUCUUAAUCAACAUCAAAUAAAUAUUGAAAAUAUUAAUGAUGAAGAUGAUGAUAAUAAUAAUGAUAAUAUUAACAAUAAUGGUACACAUUUAGCAUUACCUAUUGUGAUAAAUAAUUCGCACAGUCUAAUCCCAAGUCCAAGUUGUUUAAAAAAACUAUCAACAGACAUUACAAGUAAUAAUAAUCAUAAUAAUAUACAUUUAUCACCAACGACAAAUCAUCGAACCAUCAUGUUUAAUGAUCAUAUUGAAUUUAUGUAA